AUGUCUGAGAAGAGCAAGAGUUCCGAGGGAAAGACGGCAGUUUCUGCCCCUCCAGCCUCACUUGUGCCCGUACAACCUGCUCCACUCAGUUCAAAGGACAAGACCACCAAGAGGUUGAUCGUAGUAUUGUCCCAAGCCUGUUUGGAAACCCACAAGAUGAAUUCUGGUGGCCCGGGAGGAGACAAGUUUGCACUUUUGAACUGUGACGAUCAUCAAGGUUUGUUAAGAAAAAUGGGCAGGGAUAUCGCAGAAGCCCGUCCGGAUAUAACCCAUCAGUGUUUGUUAACAUUGUUGGAUUCGCCCAUCAACAAGGCUGGCAAAUUGCAAGUCUACAUCCAUACAGCCAGAGGAGUCUUGAUAGAAGUCAACCCCAGUGUUAGAAUACCUAGAACGUUCAAGAGAUUUUCAGGCUUGAUGGUCCAGUUGUUGCACAAGCUCUCUAUUCGUUCAGUGAACUCCGAAGAAAAGCUCUUGAAGGUCAUUAAGAACCCCAUCACCGACCACUUGCCUACUAAAUGUAGAAAGAUCACGUUGUCGUUCGAUGCCAAAGUGCGUCGUGUCCAGGACUACGUUGAAACCUUGGAUGAAGACGAGAGUAUAUGUGUAUUUGUAGGAGCUAUGGCUAGGGGUAAGGAUAACUUUGCUGACGAGUACGUUGACGAAAAAAUCGGGCUUUCUGACUACCCAUUGUCGGCAUCGGUAGCCUGUUCCAAGUUCUGCCAUGGUUGUGAAGAUGUAUGGGGCAUUUUCUAG